AUUUUCUGUUGAUCGUAACAGCAAAAGGAGAUUGAGGACUGAAAUGAUUAGUUCGCCACAAGGAGAUCUUAAACAUACAGGUCAUGUUGGUCUCGACGGAGCCUAUUUCGGAGACAUAGCUUUCCUUCGUGCCAUUGGCAAUGCAAACACGACUCCAGGUAAUGGUGAAGCACUUCUUUCCAAUAAUGGCCUGUCUCCGAAUGUCCCUAGGCAAAUAGUGGCUCCUUAUAAGCCUUCUGAAGAUCUAGACGAGCAACCAUUAUUGGCUUCAUCAGAUGGAGGAUGUCUCGCAAAUGCUGAGACUGCAUCUGGUUCUAAUACUGAUGGAGUUAGUGGACGAAAUAGAUCUCAAGUUCCCAAUUUAAAUCUAAAUUUAAAUCUGGAUUUGAGGAAGGACUUCAGCGAUUCCAACGGCAGGAAAGUGAAAUGGUCGAAGGACGAGAAUGAUUUUGCAGACAACAAUGCAGAACCUCAUGAGUACCACGAAAUAUCGGAUGACGAGAACGUAGUCUCUGAUAGUCCUGGAUUUGAGAAGUCAUUUGAUCUCGGCCCAAGCCUGUUGGACGAAAUGGAAAGCAUGUUUCGAAGUCUUGGAAGUCCCAAAGCACCGCCUUCUCCGGCAGUCGAUCACGAUGGCGUCAAUCAAAGAAACGAGAUAAUGGAAUUAUCUAACAGGUUAAGCAGAACAGCCAGUACCGGCAAGAAAAAGCAAGUGAGCGUAAAACCUAUUUCUGCAUCUGACGAACGAGCUUUGGACUGUGCCAUUGCAAUGGCGAAUGAAAUAUCAGCAAGAUCUAUGACCGAUCUGGAAAGUUACAAUGGAACUGUAGAUGGUUUAUCGCACUCGUCCAGACAACAAGCGAGUCCUCAUACUUCGGCCAGGAAGAAAUUCAGUUUUCGGUUUCCUACAUCCGGAAAUAUCAAUUCCCAGAACGGUGGAAGUCCAAGUCACAACCAGGGCAAUAACCAGGCAGGAAGCGCUCAUCAGAAUAGCACGAAUAGGACAGAAUGCAGUUUUUAUCAAGAAGCGCAGAGCAUACCUGAUUUACAGUCGACGAUUACCGAAGAGACGCGAUUGGCCUAUAAUAGCCUGAUCGAGCAGCCUGCAGCCAAUAGGAGCCUGUCGACGCUGAAUGGAAACGUGGUAGUUGCUGUGCCGGUCGUGGCGGCGCCACCGGUUAACCAGGUGGCGCCACUUCAAACUCAGACAACCACUGUUACUACACCCAACAUUACAAGCAUUUUACAAAGUGGUCCUCCAGUCACAAUGGCACCGGUGAUCAGUAGUCUUCAUCAUCACCAGAAGGACACAUUGAGCAGUUCACCGAUGGACGAAACGAAUCCUUUGAGGAUUUUAAAGAGCAGCAAAAACUUUCCAGCGGUGAGGCCUCGUGUGAGGUACCCUGCAGGAACUGAUAAACUAAGGACUCUGCCCAACAUUCGUAGACAUAUCGAUGAUGUUAAUAAUGAUGCCACGUCCAAUUGUGGUGAUGAUGUUAGUGUACCUGAAAGUCCUAGUUAUGUAACAACCACUUCACACGGCGGAGGAUUUUCAUACCCUGAUGAACCCAAUGAUACAACCAAUCACCAAGUCAAUAACCUAGUACCUUUGCCACCAAAAGAUAGAAAUUUGACAGCCUUAUCCAAUCGUAAUGCUGCCAAACGACAUACCAGGAAACAUCCCUUGGUCAUACUACCUGCUACUUCUGGGGUACAAAGAACACUCGACAAAGUCAACCAGAUUACACCUGUAGAAGACCGUCCGCCUCUAACAUUUCCUCCGCAAGUACAAAGAGUGUCACCCACCAAGAUCGUCACGUCACACGUGACCAGCGUCACGUCUCAUCUCACCAACGUGACAUCAUCUCACACCACAAACGUCACGUCACCUUGUUAUAUGAACCAGUGCGAUGUCGUAGACUUUGGUAGUAAAUCCAAACAGGAUAAAGAAUUUUUGGAGAAUAAUUUUACCAGAGAAGAACUUUCGACGUUGAAGCAAGUUGAGUAUGAGAAUAUACAAUCAGGCGAACCGAAAAAGCAGGAAUCGAAAUCUGUGGUUUUGCCAAGGAGACAUCAGUCGUUGAACGAUGUGCCGAGUACGCAGGACGUCGAUAGGGCUUCGAUGGAUUUUGAAAAUUUGGUCGAGUCUGAUUUUAAUUUUGAGACUGAUGAUGCGUUUUACGAGCCUGGCGAAGUGCCUGUCGAUGAAAUAGAUACUGCAGUGUCUGCAGCAGCAAGACCAAGGCUGGCUUCGGCAGAUGCUGCUGUUUCAGUUACCAUACCAGGUGUAAAUCUGGAUAAAAAUACUAUUGCAGAGCAUGAUGUUAGCUGUGAAGAUUUACUGGAUUUUGCAGGCGAACCGAAAAAGCAGGAAUCGAAAUCUGUGGUUUUGCCAAGGAGACAUCAGUCGUUGAACGAUGUGCCGAGUACGCAGGACGUCGAUAGGGCUUCAAUGGAUUUUGAAAAUUUGGUCGAGUCUGAUUUUAAUUUUGAGACUGAUGAUGCGUUUUACGAGCCUGGGGAAGUGCCUGUCGAUGAAAUAGAUACUGCAGUGUCUGCAGCAGCGAGACCAAGGCUGGCUUCGGCAGAUGCUGCUGUUUCAGUUACCAUACCAGGUGUAAAUUUGGAUAAAAAUACUAUUGCAGAGCAUGAUGUUAGCUGUGAAGAUUUACUGGAUUUUGCAGGAAGAAAACCUCCAGGACGUGCACGUGGCGUGGAAUCAGACGAAGUCCGUAUAAUGAACAAAGUUCUAGGAAAAGAAAUGACUCCAGAAGCUUGUCUGGUGUCAUUGGAGCACAUGGACUGGGACGUCCAUCGAGCUAUCAAAUUAGCUCGUUUAAGACUUUUAUUAAACAAUUCAACAAUUGCGACGACUGGUAAUGUUGAAUUGAAGACGGUUAUUGAUAAUUUAAGCAACAAGGACUUGGUGAGUGCUUUGGAUACUGCUAGUUGGGAUAUCACUAAAGCGGCAUGCUGUUUGUAUGAGAAACAUGGGUCGUAGGUAAAAAAUUAUUUUUAUUUUUAUUU